AUGACGGUGGAAAGUUCCACAAUUAAAAACAGGCUUAAAAAUCUUCUCCGCUCGCCUUCCAUCAAAUUACGAAGGAGUAAACCUGGGAAUAACAAAGAAAACCUCAGCAACAAGGUAACACUCGAGAAAGUUCUGGGGAUCACCGCGUCCGGGAACCGAGCCUUGGCCUGCGAUCCACGCACUGGACUGGUAGCCUACCCCGCAGGGUGUGUGGUGGUGUUGCUGAACCCGAAAAAGAGCAAGCAGCAUCACAUUUUUAACAGCUCCAGGAAAACCAUAACCACUUUAUCUUUCUCUCCGGAUGGCAAGUACGUGGUCACGGGCGAGAGUGGGCAUAUGCCUGCUGUGCGGGUGUGGGAUGUGGUUGAGAGGACACAGGUGGCUGAGCUGCAGGAACAUAAGUACGGGGUCGCCUGCGUUGCCUUUUCCCCCAACAGCAAGUACAUCGUCAGCGUGGGCUACCAGCACGACAUGAUCGUCAACGUCUGGGCCUGGAAGAAAAACGUGGUUGUGGCUGCUAACAAGGUUUCCAGUAAGGUGACGGCAGUCUCCUUCUCCGACGACAGUUCCUACUUUGUCACAGCAGGGAACAGACACGUGAAAUUCUGGUACCUGGACCAUGCCAAGACUUCAAAGGUUAAUGCCACGGUUCCCUUACUGGGCCGCUCGGGCUUGCUGGGAGAGCUGCGGAAUAACUUCUUCAGUGACGUGGCGUGCGGAAAAGGCCGGAAAGCAGACAGCACCUUCUGCAUCACCUCCUCUGGACUACUCUGUGAAUUCAAUGAGAAGAGACUGCUGGAUAAAUGGGUGGAGCUUAGGACGAGCCUGGCUACCUCCCUGUCCGUGACCGAGGAGUUGAUAUUCUGUGGUUGUGCAGAUGGCACCGUGCGGGCUUUCAGCCCCGUGAACCUGCAUUUCAUCUGCACCCUGCCUCGUCCUCACAGCCUGGGUACAGACAUCGCCACCGUCACCGAGGCCAGCCACCUCUUUGCCUACAAGAUGGAUGCCCGGUACCCUGACACCGUGGCCGUGUCGUACGACCCCACGAACCGCUGGCUGUCCUGCGUCUACAACGACCACAGUCUGUAUGUGUGGGACGUCCGGGACUUGCGCAAAGUGGGCAAAGUGUAUUCGGCCCUCUACCACUCCUCCUGUGUGUGGAGCGUGGAGGUUUACCCAGAGGCCAGCGAGGGCGAGCAGCCCUGCCUGUCUCCCGGAUCCUUCCUCAGCUGUUCCUCAGACAACACGGUCCGCCUGUGGAACACUGACAUGCACUGCACAACCCUCAACCGCAACGUCAUCAGCAACGAUCUGCAAAAGAUCAUAUAUAUGGACAAUAACACCACAGCUCUGCUGGAUAGUGACUGCAUUAACACCAGCAACACAGAGAAGGCCGAUCCACAGACUUCUGAAAACAGGACGGGCAUUAGGACCAUGUGUGUCAGCCCAGAUGGGCAGCACCUGGCAUCGGGGGACCGCAAUGGAACCCUGAGGAUCCAUGAGCUUCAGAGCAUGGAAGAGAUCCUGAACGUGCAGGCCCACGACUCAGAGAUCCUGUGUUUGGAAUACUCUAAGCCUGAAACGGGACUGAAGCUUUUGGCCACGGCGAGCAGAGACCGGCUGAUCCACGUUCUGGACGCGGAAAGGGAGUACGGCCUGCUGCAGACACUGGACGAACAUUCUUCCUCUAUUACAGCCGUGCGAUUCGCUGCUAAUGACGGAAAAGUCCGGAUGAUCAGCUGCGGAGCAGAUAAGAGUGUCUAUUUCCGCACGGCGCAGAAGUCAGACGAAGGAACAGAAUUCACACGCACCCAUCACAUAGUGAGGAAGACCACUCUAUACGACAUGGUUAUUGACCCAACGCGAAAAUACGCCGCUAUUGGCUGCCAGGAUCGUAGCAUAAGGAUCUUUAACAUCAGCAAUGGUAAACAGAAGAAGGUUUACAAGGGCUCUCAGGGAGAGGAUGGAACUCUUAUCAAGGUCCAGACAGAUCCCUCCGGCCUGUACGUGGCCACAAGCUGUUCAGAUAAGAACAUCAGCAUCUUUGACUUCUACACUGGAGAGUGUGUGGCCACCAUGUUUGGACACUCCGAGGUUGUUACCGGAAUAAAGUUCACCAAUGACUGCAAGCAUCUCAUCUCUGUGUCGGGUGACAGCUGUAUCUUUGUGUGGAGGCUAAACCCUGAGCUAACCAUAAGCAUGCGACAGCGUCUCUCUGACCUCAAACAGGCCAGCAGGCCAGUCCAGAAGACACCCCCAAACAAACACCACGCGCUUAGCACCAGGAGAGAAGUACAGAGUGCUCCUCCCAUAGCCACCAUGUCCUCAGACAGCGAUAAGGAUGCAGAGGAAGAGGAGGGUAUUGAAGAAGAAGAUGAAGAGAUUUUCCCUCAUAUGUCAUCCAGUAGCAGUACAGGGGAAGAGACAGGUGCCUCAGAGGAACAGCACAAUACACUCAAUUCUCAAUCCAAGAACAUUAAAAAGGAUUCUUCCGGAACUGUCAGGCGCUCUGAGGCAGCUGGUCAGUCUGACAGUUCGGGACCGCGGCCGAGGCGGCGCUGGUCCAGGCGGAUCGGCAACAUGGAACUAAUGGUCAAAUCCAUGCUGGACCUCAGGCAGCUGGAGUCUUUUGCUAUGCCCCCAUCCCCCAUUAAGACCCCUGCAGUACAGAGAGACAGACAGCCCCCCAGAGGGGAAGACCUUGGCAGCACCAUCAGCAUCCAGACCAUUGCUGGAUGGGUUGAGGAAUCAGAAGACAGAGGUCAGAGAGACCGCCCAAGGCCUCGAUACAUCAAGCUUUCCCCACGGUCUCCUGACACUGAGGGACUUGUCCUGUAUCCUGAGGGCUGUGAUGACCAGGUCAGCAUGGCUGGCAGUGAGUACCAGGUGAGGGAAAUACCACACAGUACCCAGGCAAGAGGUCCUAAAGGCAACCCAUGCCAUGAGAAGCAGAGUCCAGAUAGCGCUUGCUCCGUGGAUUACCCCAGCAGUCGACUGUCCAGCCCAGACCAGCCUGGAGAAGACUCAGAACCCACAGAGCCACUAAGUGUUGAUGGGAACUCAUCAGAGCUGGAGAUAGAGGAUCUGGAUGAGGAAGAAGAGGAGGAGACUUUGAGGCGGAGUUCGAGUAAGAUCUCCAUUCCUCAGACUCCAGACCAGGAGACCUUCCUCAAGAAACACUUUGGCAACUUAUCAGACCUCAACACCUCAGCGAGCCCAGUUAAAGUGUGUCAGAACAGCGCUGACAGUGUUAGCAUCUCAUCCAAGUUCCUCUCCCAGGGCUCCAUGGGCAGGAACAUAUUUCCGUUCCCUCCGAACAAAACUGGGGAAGUAAAGGCUGCUAGUGGAGUAGUGCGACCCCUUGUCUCAGAGGUGCGCCCGCUUAUGGAGGACCGAGGAACUGUUGGGCAGGAGGAUGAAAGCCCUUCAGAGAAAGGGCCAGCGCUGCGUUUGACCACUCAGAAAAAGAAGACCCCAGCCACUGACUCUCGCAGGGUCACCAGCCCAGUCGCUAAAGCAAUAGCUGCACAAGGAGCCUCUACUGGACUGAGGAAGUCCCAGUCAGUGCAGAACAUCUCAACAGAAGCCGACACGUCUCACGCACCCAGUCGCCCUUCCAAAGAAGUACGCCCUCAACCCCAGCAAACUGAGCGAAGCCUUCUGUCCACACCCCGGCGUACUCUUCCCAGCGUCCCUGUGGUCAGCCCCACUGCUUCUAAGGCCAAGGUUCGCUCCUACAUGAGUCCCACCACCAGCUCCAUGGCCAAGAUGUCCCGUUCCGUGUCCAUGGGCGACAGCCUGAACGUAGCCGAGACAGGGAGCGAGGAGUCCGGGUCGUCCGAGUCACGUAGAGGAUCCGGUUCAGACACCUCCAAUUCCAGGAGCAGCUCUUCCAGCAAACCCACCACCCCAGUGGUCCUGAUCCCCUCUCCAUUAAUGUCCACCCCCCAAGCUGCUGUCAUCCCUACCCUUAGUGGUGCUUCCUCCAAAGGACCCCACGUCAAGGUGCCGGGCAGCGCCCGUCCCCAGUUGAGCUUGGACAUCUCCAAAUCUCUUCCAGAUAAGCCCUCUGUAGCCUCUUUCCCCCUCAGCAGCAAGGCCACCAAACCUCAGCAAGACGAGACUUCCGCAAAAUCUCCAGCGAGUGUGUCGCCUCUGCAGGGUCCAGCUCAGGCCCCCUUCAGCAACAUCCAGCCAGUCACUGCUCAGUGUGCUGUCUCAGCGCCUCCUGAGAGCCAAGAGCCAGAACAGUGUGUUCUCAGUAUACAGUUCUGUUCAGAGGAACCUGCGGACUCAUCAGAGACGCACUCGACUGCACAGCUGGUAAAAGAGGACUCCUCCUCAACAGAGCACUCCUCCCAGGUCAGACCCAUCCUCCUGCAAGCUCAAGGAACGCUGGAUACAGGUUUGCUGGGCCGCCAGUCCUCCCUCAUUCUUUCAUCUCUGCCACUGCGUCUGGGCUUGGGUCUGCCCAAACACUUCUUUUCCUCUGGGCUGUGGCCUCUCUCCACCUCCUCCUCUUCCUCCAUGUUCUCUCCACCUUGUCCGUCCAUUAACCAUUACUACCUUAAGGAUCCCUCUCUCAGUGUGGACUCGUGCCGAGUUGUGGCUAGUGAACUUCAGAGCACUUUUAAAAGGGCCUCACAGCUCUACAGAAUGCUGAACAGCACCACAGAACCAAGUCAAGAACUGCAGGAAAUGACGAGGGUUCUGGCCGACGCGUUCGAGGUGGUCCGGGUCGAGCUGAACGCCCUGUCCUUCAAUGCGCCCGGCACGGGUCCGGAGGGCUCGCUGUGCCUGCAGGGUGGCAGGGCAGCGGGCACGGGGGAGGACAGAACGCUGGCACUGCUGGAGCAGUACUCAGAGCUCCUACUGAAGGCCGUGGAAAAAAGGAUGGACAACAAGUUCUAA